GCGGCGGCGGCAGUAGAGGUGACCGAGGCGGUGGCGGCGGAGGCGGCACCGAGCGCUGUGUCGGCCCUGGUGCGGCCGAAGUCGCGGUAGAGCGUAGCCCCCACGCCCCUCCCCCGUCCGCGCCCUCCCUCUGGCUCUGGGGAUGGAGAAGGCGACGGUUCCGGCGGCGGCGGCGGCGGCGGCGGCAGCUGCUGAGGGAGAAGGGAGCCCCCCGGCGGCGGCGGUGGUGGCGACCCCCCCUGUGGCGGCGGCGGCGGCGGCGGCGGAGGUCGGCGGCGGGGCUCUCUCGGCCGCCUCUCCUCGUGGGAUGGUGCGAGUCUGCGACUUGCUCCUGAAGAAGAAGCCGCCGCCGCAGCAGCAGCACCACAAGGCCAAGCGGAACCGGACUUGCCGCCCCCCCAGCAGCAGCGACAGCAGCAGCGACAGCGACAACAGCGGCGGCGGCGGCGGCGGCGGCGGCGGCGGCGGCGGCGGCGGCGGUGGUGGCGGAACCAGUAGCAACAACAGCGAGGAAGAGGAGGACGACGACGACGAGGAAGAGGAGGUUUCUGAGGUGGAGUCUUUCAUUUUAGAUCAGGAUGAUUUGGAAAACCCAAUGCUGGAAACAGCUUCCAAGUUGCUCUUAUCAGGUACUGCUGAUGGUGCAGACCUCAGGACAGUAGAUCCGGAAACACAGGCUAGACUGGAAGCUUUACUAGAAGCUGCAGGAAUUGGCAAAUUAUCCACUGCUGAUGGUAAAGCAUUUGCAGAUCCCGAAGUUCUUCGGAGGUUGACAUCAUCUGUUAGUUGUGCGUUGGAUGAAGCUGCUGCUGCACUUACCCGUAUGAGAGCUGAAAGCACAGCGAAUGCAGGGCAGUCGGACAACCGCAGCUUAGCAGAAGCCUGUUCUGAAGGAGAUGUAAAUGCUGUGCGGAAGUUACUCAUUGAAGGGCGAAGUGUAAAUGAACACACCGAGGAAGGGGAAAGCCUCCUUUGUUUAGCUUGUUCUGCUGGAUACUAUGAGCUUGCACAGGUUUUGUUGGCAAUGCAUGCAAAUGUGGAAGAUAGGGGAAUUAAAGGCGACAUUACACCUUUAAUGGCUGCUGCUAAUGGAGGACAUGUUAAAAUUGUGAAGUUGCUGCUAGCUCAUAAAGCUGAUGUCAAUGCACAGUCUUCAACAGGCAAUACAGCACUCACAUAUGCUUGUGCUGGAGGCUAUGUAGAUGUUGUAAAGGUGCUCUUGGAAUCCGGUGCUAGUAUUGAGGACCAUAAUGAAAAUGGUCAUACUCCGCUUAUGGAAGCUGGAAGUGCUGGACAUGUGGAAGUGGCCAGAUUGCUGCUAGAAAAUGGGGCUGGCAUUAAUACCCAUUCUAAUGAAUUUAAAGAGAGUGCCCUUACAUUAGCAUGUUACAAAGGACACCUAGAGAUGGUGCGAUUUCUUUUGGAAGCAGGUGCAGAUCAAGAGCAUAAAACAGAUGAAAUGCAUACUGCCUUAAUGGAGGCUUGCAUGGAUGGCCAUGUUGAAGUAGCUAGGUUACUACUUGACAGUGGUGCCCAAGUGAACAUGCCUGCUGAUUCAUUUGAGUCACCACUGACUUUGGCUGCGUGUGGUGGGCAUGUGGAACUUGCGGCUUUACUUAUUGAAAGAGGAGCUAGCCUGGAAGAGGUAAAUGAUGAAGGUUAUACACCACUGAUGGAAGCAGCUCGUGAAGGACAUGAAGAAAUGGUGGCAUUACUUCUAGGCCAAGGAGCAAAUAUCAAUGCACAGACAGAAGAAACUCAAGAAACUGCCUUGACUCUGGCUUGUUGUGGAGGCUUUCUCGAAGUGGCCGACUUUCUGAUUAAGGCAGGAGCUGAUAUAGAACUAGGGUGUUCCACCCCUUUAAUGGAAGCUGCUCAAGAGGGUCAUUUGGAAUUAGUCAAAUAUUUAUUAGCUGCAGGAGCUAAUGUUCAUGCAACAACAGCAACAGGGGAUACAGCACUAACAUAUGCUUGUGAAAAUGGCCAUACUGAUGUAGCAGACGUCUUACUUCAAGCAGGAGCAGAUUUGGAACAUGAAUCUGAAGGUGGGAGAACUCCUUUAAUGAAAGCUGCAAGAGCUGGUCAUGUUUGUACUGUUCAGUUCCUAAUCAGUAAAGGAGCAAAUGUGAAUAGAACUACAGCUAAUAAUGACCAUACUGUACUCUCCCUUGCUUGUGCGGGGGGUCAUCUGGCAGUGGUGGAACUACUUUUGGCACAUGGGGCAGAUCCUACUCACCGUCUAAAAGAUGGCUCUACUAUGUUGAUAGAAGCAGCAAAAGGUGGCCAUACAAGUGUUGUUUGCUAUCUUUUGGACUACCCUAAUAAUUUGCUUUCAGCCCCUCCACCAGAUGUCACUCAGUUAACACCCCCAUCCCACGAUUUAAAUAGGGCUCCUCGUGUACCAGUUCAAGCACUGCCCAUGGUUGUCCCACCCCAAGAGCCUGACAAACCACCUGCCAACGUUGCUACUACUCUUCCCAUCAGGAAUAAAGCUGCUUCUAAACAAAAGUCCAACAGCCAUUUGCCAGCAAACAGCCAGGAUGUACAGGGUUACAUCACCAAUCAGUCUCCAGAGAGCAUUGUAGAAGAGGCUCAGGGAAAGUUAACAGAACUGGAACAGAGGAUAAAAGAAGCCAUAGAAAAGAAUGCACAGCUGCAGUCCUUGGAACUGGCUCAUGCUGACCAACUUACCAAGGAGAAGAUCGAGGAGCUAAACAAAACAAGGGAGGAACAAAUUCAGAAGAAACAAAAGAUUUUGGAGGAACUGCAGAAAGUAGAGCGAGAGUUACAACUGAAAACUCAGCAGCAGCUAAAAAAGCAGUAUCUUGAGGUUAAAGCUCAAAGAAUUCAACUUCAGCAGCAGCAGCAACAGUCUUGCCAACAUCUGGGACUACUAACUCCUGUUGGGGUUGGAGAGCAGCUUUCCGAGGGAGACUAUGCACGUUUACAGCAAGUGGAUCCAGUUUUGCUUAAAGAUGAACCCCAGCAGACUGCUGCUCAGAUGGGUUUUGCACCAAUCCAGCCUCUGGCCAUGCCUCAAGCUUUGCCUCUGGCGGCAGGUCCCUUGCCUCCAGGGUCCAUCGCAAACCUUACAGAACUGCAAGGAGUGAUAGUUGGACAGCCAGUACUGGGCCAAGCACAGUUGGCAGGGCUGGGGCAAGGAAUUCUGACAGAAACACAACAAGGGUUAAUGGUAGCCAGCCCUGCUCAGACCCUCAAUGACACGCUGGAUGACAUCAUGGCAGCAGUCAGUGGAAGAGCAUCAGCAAUGUCAAACACUCCUACCCACAGUAUCGCUGCCUCCAUUUCCCAGCCUCAGACUCCAACUCCCAGUCCUAUCAUCUCUCCUUCAGCCAUGCUUCCUAUCUACCCUGCUAUUGAUAUUGAUGCACAGACUGAGAGUAAUCAUGACACAGCGCUAACGCUUGCCUGUGCUGGUGGUCAUGAGGAACUGGUACAAACACUGCUAGAGAGAGGAGCUAGUAUUGAGCACCGAGACAAGAAAGGCUUUACUCCACUUAUCUUGGCUGCUACAGCUGGUCAUGUUGGUGUUGUGGAAAUAUUGCUGGAUAAUGGUGCAGACAUUGAAGCCCAGUCAGAACGAACCAAGGAUACACCUCUCUCUUUGGCUUGUUCUGGGGGGAGACAAGAGGUGGUGGAGCUGUUGUUAGCUCGAGGGGCAAAUAAAGAGCACAGGAAUGUGUCAGAUUACACACCUCUAAGUCUGGCUGCGUCAGGUGGUUAUGUGAACAUUAUCAAAAUAUUACUAAAUGCUGGAGCCGAAAUUAAUUCUAGAACUGGUAGCAAAUUGGGCAUUUCUCCUCUGAUGUUAGCAGCUAUGAAUGGACAUACUGCUGCUGUUAAGCUCCUGUUAGACAUGGGCUCUGACAUAAAUGCUCAAAUAGAAACCAAUCGGAACACUGCCCUUACCUUAGCCUGCUUCCAAGGAAGAACUGAAGUGGUCAGUCUUCUUCUUGAUCGAAAAGCAAAUGUGGAACACAGAGCUAAGACUGGCCUCACACCACUAAUGGAAGCUGCUUCUGGUGGAUAUGCAGAGGUGGGCCGAGUUCUUUUGGAUAAAGGUGCUGAUGUUAAUGCCCCUCCAGUGCCCUCCUCAAGAGAUACAGCUUUAACCAUAGCAGCAGACAAAGGGCAUUAUAAAUUCUGCGAGCUUCUCAUUGGCAGAAUGUCACACGAAAAACAAGGAGAGAGGGAGCGAGAAGCCAGGGGAGCCCACAUUGAUGUACGUAACAAGAAGGGGAACACUCCGUUGUGGUUAGCAGCAAAUGGUGGACACCUUGAUGUGGUUCAGUUACUUGUGCAAGCAGGUGCAGAUGUGGAUGCAGCAGAUAACCGCAAGAUAACACCUCUCAUGGCAGCAUUUAGAAAGGGUCAUGUGAAGGUGGUGCGCUAUUUAGUCAAAGAAGUUAAUCAGUUUCCAUCAGACUCUGAAUGUAUGAGAUACAUAGCAACCAUCACUGAUAAGGAAAUGUUGAAGAAGUGUCAUCUUUGUAUGGAAUCAAUAGUACAAGCCAAAGAUAGACAGGCUGCUGAAGCAAACAAAAAUGCCAGCAUUUUGUUAGAGGAGUUAGACUUGGAAAAGUUAAGGGAAGAAAGCCGGAGGCUGGCUUUGGCUGCCAAAAGAGAAAAGAGAAAGGAAAAAAGAAGAAAGAAAAAAGAGGAACAAAGAAGAAAAUUAGAGGAAAUUGAAGCCAAAAAUAAAGAAAAUUUCGAACUGCAAGCUGCUCAAGAAAAAGAAAAGCAUAAAGUUGAAGAUGAACCUGAAGUCUUGACAGAGCCUCCAAGUGCUACAACCACUACUACCAUUGGUAUAUCUGCAACCUGGACAACGCUGGCAGGUUCCCAUGGUAAACGAAAUAAUACUAUAACGACAACCAGUUCAAAGAGGAAAAACAGAAAAAAUAAAAUAACUCCAGAAAAUGUUCAAAUUAUAUUUGAUGAUCCACUACCAAUUUCAUACAACCAGCCAGAGAAGGUUAAUGGAGAGUCCAAGAGCAGCAGUACCAGUGAGAGUGGGGAUAGUGAUAACAUGAGGAUUAGUAGCUGCAGUGAUGAAAGUAGUAACAGCAACAGCAGCCGAAAGAGUGACAAUCAUUCACCUGCUGUAGUCACUACUACUGUGACCAGUAAGAAGCAACAACCAUCGGUUCUGGUUACAUUUCCAAAGGAGGAGAGAAAAUCUGUUUCUGGCAAGACUUCAGUAAAAUUGUCAGAGACUGCCAGUGAAGUGACCAGUAAUUCUCUCUCAACUUGCACAAAAUCUGGUCCAUCUCCCCUUUCCUCUCCAAAUGGGAAAUUAACAGUAGCUAGUCCUAAGCGGGGACAAAAGAGAGAAGAAGGGUGGAAAGAAGUUGUAAGAAGGUCAAAGAAAGUAUCUGUUCCAUCAACUGUGAUAUCCAGAGUGAUUGGAAGAGGAGGCUGUAAUAUCAAUGCUAUUCGGGAAUUUACUGGUGCACACAUAGAUAUUGAUAAGCAGAAAGACAAGACAGGAGAUCGGAUAAUAACUAUAAGGGGUGGCACUGAAUCAACAAGACAGGCAACUCAGUUGAUCAAUGCUCUGAUCAAGGAUCCAGACAAAGAAAUUGAUGAACUUAUUCCAAAGAAUCGUUUGAAAAGCUCCUCAGCAAAUUCCAAAAUAGGGUCAUCAGCACCUACCACCACUGCUGCUAACACUUCCUUAAUGGGAAUUAAAAUGACGACGGUAACUCUGUCAUCAACAUCUCAAACUGCCACAGCACUCACUGUGCCUGCAAUUUCUUCUGCAUCUACUCACAAAACCAUUAAGAACCCAGUGAAUAAUGUGAGGCCUGGUUUUCCAGUUUCUCUUCCAUUAGCAUAUCCUCCUCCACAGUUUGCACAUGCUUUGCUUGCUGCUCAGACUUUCCAGCAGAUCCGUCCACCAAGGUUGCCCAUGACCCACUUUGGAGGUACUUUUCCACCAGCUCAAUCCACUUGGGGUCCUUUUCCUGUCAGGCCUUUGAGCCCUGCCAGAGCUACUAACUCGCCUAAGCCUCACAUGGUGCCUCGCCAUAGCAAUCAGAAUAGCAGUGGUUCUCAGGUGAAUUCAGCAGGUUCUUUAACUUCAAGUCCAACAACUACAGUCAGUUCAUCAGCUUCAACGGUGCCUGGUACAUCUACAAAUGGCAGUCCAAGUUCACCUUCUGUCAGAAGACAGCUUUUUGUCACAGUUGUGAAGACAUCCAAUGCCACCACCACAACAGUCACAACCACAGCAAGCAACAAUAGCACUGCACCCACGAAUGCCACAUAUCCUAUGCCUACUGCCAAAGAACACUACCCAGUAUCAUCCCCAUCCUCCCCAUCACCACCAGCCCAGCCAGGAGGGGUUUCUAGAAACAGUCCUUUGGAUUGUGGAACAGCAUCUCCAAAUAAAGGGGCAUCUUCCUCUGAACAGGAAGCAAGUAGUCCACCAGUAGUAGAAACAGCAAACAGUAGACCUCCAAACAGCAGCAGUUCUUCUGGGAGUUCAUCAGCUCAUUCUACUCAGCAGCAGCCUCCGGGAUCUGUUUCUCAGGAGCCAAGACCACCUCUUCAGCAGUCUCAGGUUCCUCCCCCGGAAGUUAGAAUGACUGUUCCUCCUUUAGCAACAACCAGUUCUGCUCCAGUGGCGGUGCCUUCUACUGCCCCAGUGACUUACCCUAUGCCUCAGACACAAAUGGGAUGCUCUCAGCCUACUCCAAAAAUAGAAACCCCUGCUAUUAGGCCACCUUCUCAUGGCACAACUGCCCCUCACAAGAAUCCAGCUCCAGUGCAGAAUUCAUCUGUUGCAGUCCUUAAUGUCAAUCACAUUAAAAGACCUCACAGUGUUCCCUCUUCUGUUCAGCUACCUUCAACCUUAAGUACACAAAGUGCUUGUCAAAAUUCAGUACAUCCGGCAAAUAAGCCUAUUGCUCCCAAUUUCAGUGCUCCCUUACCAUUUGGACCCUUUAGCACAUUGUUUGAAAGCAACCCUACUUCUGCUCAUGCCUUCUGGGGAGGAUCUGUUGUUUCAUCUCAGUCAACACCAGAAUCUAUGCUAUCAGGAAAAUCCUCAUAUUUGCCAAAUUCAGAUCCCUUACAUCAGUCUGAUACUUCCAAAGCUCCAGGUUUUAGACCACCAUUACAGAGACCUGCUCCAAGUCCCUCAGGUAUUGUCAAUAUGGAGUCACCAUAUGGUUCUGUAACACCUUCCUCUACGCAUUUGGGAAACUUUGCUUCAAACCUUUCAGGAGGCCAAAUGUAUGGACCGGGGGCAUCCCUUGGAGGAGCACCUGCAGCUGCUAACUUUAAUAGACAACAUUUUUCCCCUCUUAGUUUGUUGACUCCAUGUUCAUCAGCUUCAAAUGAUUCUCCUGCACAGUCAGUAUCCUCUGGAGUUCGUGCACCUUCUCCUGCCCCAUCAUCUGUACCGUUAGGGUCAGAAAAGCCCAGUAAUGUGUCUCAGGACAGAAAAGUUCCCGUCCCUAUUGGAACAGAACGUUCUGCACGUAUCAGGCAAACUGGAACUUCAGGUCCAUCUGUAAUUGGGAGUAAUUUGUCCACAUCAGUAGGCCAUAGUGGGAUUUGGUCCUUUGAAGGGAUUGGUGGUAAUCAAGACAAAGUAGACUGGUGUAGUCCUGGAAUGGGAAACCCUAUGAUUCAUAGGCCUAUGUCUGACCCGGGAGUGUUCUCACAGCAUCAAGCACUUGAACGAGAGAAUACAGGAAUUGUAACUCCUUCUGGUACAUUCCAUCAGCAUGUUCCUGCAGGAUAUAUGGACUUUCCUAAAGUUGGGGGUAUGCCUUUUUCUGUGUAUGGGAAUGCAAUGAUUCCUUCAGUAGCACCUAUCCCUGAGGGUGCUGGAGGACCCAUAUUUAAUGGCCCUCAUGCUGCAGACCCCUCUUGGAACUCUCUGAUAAAGAUGGUUUCAAGCUCCACAGAAAAUAAUGGCCCUCAAACGGUGUGGACUGGACCUUGGGCACCUCAUAUGAACAGUGUGCAUAUGAACCAGCUUGGCUGAAGAGGAUCAUCAUCUUGUUAGCCUGCAGAUUCUUUUCCAUUCAGAGGAAACCACAAGUGGCCGGAAAAAAAAAAAAAAAUUUAUGCUCCCAAAUCAUUCUACUGAUGUGCUUGACUGAAGUGUGUAGGCUUUUUGCAGAAGAAAUUACUAACUGACCUAUUUUCUGUGAACAUUUGUGACUGCCCAUUCCCCAUCAUCAUCUGUUUUACCUUAGUUAGCAUUUUUCUUAUCAUUUUUCUUUCUUUCUUUCUUUUUUUUUUUUUUCUUCUUUCCCUUCUUCCCUUUUGGACAUAACUUUCUGUUGAAGCUGUUCUUUGGCUGGUUGGUUUUAGUACUGUAAACUGCUUCUGAGCAAACACGGAAAUUUAGCAAAAUUAUGUAAACUUGAUCCUGAAGUUUUAGAAUGGCAAAUAAAUGUACAAUUGUUUACAUAACAGAAAAGGCUAAGCAGAAAGUCAAUUUCAAUAUGUCAGUAUAGAGGCUCUACUCUAUGUAGACUUAAAUUAAUGUGAGAUAUGUACCUUCAUAUUCAGAAUCUGGAUGUUUCCUUCAUACAUUAAACUAUUAAUAAGCAUAA